UCCUCUAACUCGAAACAAGAUGGCGUCUCGUCACUCUCUGUUUUAGUGAGAAAGUGUGUGAGCUGCAGCAGUCCUGCUCCAGCAGAGCCUCUGUGUGUCUCAUAAAGUGUCUGAAGGGACUUUGUGCUCUUCAGCUUCUCCCUGAAGGUUUUACCUCGGACUCCUCUCCUACACUGCUCGUGAAGUUAGCUUAGCAUGCUAGCUGCAGCACAGCGCUAGUCAGAGUGGAAGUUUGAUGGAGAGCAAACGGUUUCUAACGGAGUGUGUGGAGAAAAAGUCUCUGACAUUCAGUCAAAAUGUGUAAAGUCCAAAUGCUGAGAGCGUUGGUGAAGCAGCGACUAACUGCGGCUGCUGAAGAGAUAUUUGUGCUGUUUGAAAGAACGAUAGCAGAGUACGAGGAGGAACUGUGUCGUUCAAAAGAGGAGAACGAGCGACAACGGAAACUACUGGACGCUGUGCUCAAGCCUCAGCUUGAGUCUCCAGCAGAUGUGCAGCAGCUGCUGCUGCUGGUUAAAGAAGAGGUUCCCCCUGAGCAGCAGGAGUGGAGCUCCAGUCUGGACCAGGAGGACCCAGAGCCCACCCUACACAUUAAAGAGGAACAGGAGGAACUCUGGAGCAGUCAGGAGGGAGAGCAGCUUCAAGGACUGGAGGAGGCUGAUAUCACCAAGUUCACAUUCACUCCUGUCCCUGUGAAGAGUGAAGAUGAUGAAGAGAAACCUCAGUCCUCACAGCUUCAUCAAAGACCAACUGAACACAUGGAAACAGGAGCUGAUGGAGAGGACUGUGGAGGACUAGAACCAGCCAGGAACUCAGAUCCAGACAGACAUUUACAUCCAGACACUGAGGACAAGACUAGAGACUCUUCUGACACAGAUGAAAUGACUGGAGACUUUUCUGGCGCUGAGAUUGAAGUCAGUUGUGAGGACAGUGAUGAUUGCAAAGAGAAAGCUCAGUCGGGUUUAAACUCUCUCUUGAAAGAUGAUGGAGUUCCUGUCGGUACCGAUGAGAAACCAUUCAGCUACUCUGAGUGUGGGAAGCAUUUUUGCAAUAGUGGAAAUCUGAAGAGACACAUGAGAUGUCACACAGGAGAAAACCCUUUCAUAUGUUCCAUUUGUAAUAAAGGAUUUUUUCGCAAGGAUCAUCUGAAUACACACAUGAGAUCUCACACAGGAGAGAAACCGUUCAGCUGCUCAGUCUGUAAAAAAUCUUAUACACAGAGUGGAAAUUUACAGAAACACAUGAGAAUCCACACAGGAGAGAGACCAUUCAGCUGCUCAGUGUGUGAGAAAACAUUUUUGCGCAAGGAAUAUCUGAAGACACACAUGAUAACUCACACAGGAGAGAAACCCUACAGCUGCUCCGUGUGCGAUAAAUCUUUCGCGCGGAGUGGAUGUUUACAGGUCCACAUGAGAAUCCACACAGGAGAGAAACCCUUCAGCUGCUCAGUUUGUGGUAAAAGGUUUUUGCAUAAGACACGUCUGAAGAGUCACAUGAGAAUCCACACGGAAGAGAAACCAUUCAGCUGCAGACAUUCAGUCAAAAUGUGUAAAGUCCAAAUGCUGAGAGCGUUGGUGAAGCAGCGACUAACUGCGGCUGCUGAAGAGAUAUUUGUGCUGUUUGAAAGAACGAUAGCAGAGUACGAGGAGGAACUGUGUCGUUCAAAAGAGGAGAACGAGCGACAACGGAAACUACUGGACGCUGUGCUCAAGCCUCAGCUUGAGUCUCCAGCAGACAUGAAGCAGCUGCUGCUGGUUAAAGAAGAGGUUCCCCCUGAGCAGCAGGAGUGGAGCUCCAGUCUGGACCAGCAGGACCCAGACCCCCCCCCACCCAUUAAAGAGGAACAGGAGGAACUCUGGAGCAGUCAGGAGGGUGAGCAGCUUCAAGGUCUGGAAGAGGCUGAUAUCACCAUGUUCACAUUCACUCCUGUCCAUGUGAAGAGUGAAGAUGAUGAAGAGAAACAUCAGUCCUCACAGCUUCAUCAAAGACAAACUGAACACAUGGAAACAGGAGCUGAUGGUGAGGACUGUGGAGGACCAGAACCAGCCAGGAACUCAGAUCCAGAGACACAUUUACAGCCAGAUACUGAGGACAAGACUGGAAACUCUUCUGGACCUGAUAAUAAUUAUCACUGGGAGGAGACUAAGGACCCUCAGUCAGAUCUAAACUCUCUGGGAAAUGAAGAAGUCCCCGUCAGUGAUUCUAGAAGUAGUGCUGGAGAGAAACCAUUCAGCUGCUCUGAGUGUGGGAGAGGAUUUAUCCACAAGAGAAGUAUGAAGAGACACAUCCUGAGUCACACAGGAGAGAAACCUUACAGCUGCUCUGAGUGUGGGAAAAUAUUUGGUCGUAAGUCACAUCUGAACAGACACAUGUUAACUCAUGGUGGAGAGAAACCAUUUAGCUGCCCUCAGUGUGGGAAAUUAUUUGGCCGCAAGACACAUCUGAACAGACACAUGUUAAUCCACAUUGGAGAGAAACGUUUCAGCUGCUCAGUUUCUAAGAAUUAUGUUGCACAGAGUAGUCAUUUACACAAACACAUGAGAACCCACACAGAAGAGAAACCAUCCAACUGCUCUGAUGGAAAGGACUCUGGAGGACCAGAACCAGCUGUUAAAUGAAAUUAAUUCUAACAGUAAUCUCCCGUGGAUAACCUUCCACAUUAUGUAACAUGAAGGCAAAAACAUUUCUGUAGCUGUUGACGUGAUGGAGCGUUAAUAUGCCUCGACUUGUUUAAGUAUUUUGUUUACCAUCAAAUCCUAAAGCAUCAGAAAAAAGUAAAUAGAUGACAAGACAUCAUUUUACUUUACUUUUAAGUGGAAGAUGUGAAAAGAAGACUUAAAACAACAGUAGUGAAUUAUUGUACCAUAGUGUGUUCACACAUUUUUAAAUCCAACCAGGAGAAACUCUUAAUUAAGAUCAGCUCUUCACACUGUGCUUUACGGUAAGCACGUCUUUUCCGGGAUAUGAUGUUGAAAUUGAAAGUUUCAGUGUGUCCACAUAAUCCUCUUUUAUCAGAACAUUUGAAUAACUUUUGACGUCCUGUUACUGGACUACAAGCCAGCAGGCAA